AUGGCGGGGCCGGGCUUCGUGCGGACGCUGGAGAAGCGGGACGGCUCGGCGCUGCGGCUGGAGCAGCGCGGCGCGGGCGGGGUGGGCUGCGUGGUGUGGGACGCCGCCCUGGUCCUGGCCAAGUUCCUGGAGAGCGGGGCCCUGGGCCUGCGCCGCUGCGCCGUGCUGGAGCUGGGCGCGGGCACCGGCGCCGUGGGCAUCAUGGCGGCCACGCUGGGGGCAGAUGUGACCGUUACUGAUCUUGAGGAACUUCAGGAUUUGCUGAAUAUUAAUAUUGAAAAGAACAAGCAUCUUGUCACAGGCUCAGUUCAAGCCAAGGUACUGAAAUGGGGAGAAGAUGUAAAAGAAUUUCUGCCUGCACCAGAUUAUAUACUUAUGGCAGACUGCAUUUACUAUGAGGAGUCAUUAGAGCCAUUACUGAAGACCCUGAAAGACCUUUCAGGUCCGGAUACCUGUGUCAUAUGUUGUUACGAACAAAGGACUAUGGGUAAGAACCCAGAAAUAGAGAAAAAAUACUUUGAGCUGCUCCAGAAGGACUUUGAGUUGGAAAAGGUUCCACUGGAGAAACAUGAUGAGGAGUAUCGGAGUGAGGACAUUCACAUCUUGAACAUCCGAAGGAAAAAAAAUGGCAGGAAUUUCCCAUCAUGAGAUCUUUGACCAUGUUAUCUGAUCCUCUGGAGAGAAGAGAGAGUGUAAAUUAACUCAAAGAGGCUGUCUCCAAAGCUGUUCAUGGCUCAUCUACAGAAUGUCUUCUGGACAGCGGAUUUGAGAUGAGAUAUAAGGAGGCAGUGGGUCAGUCGUUAUAGAACCACAGGCAGUAUCCGUCUUAGAGGACAAACGUGAUCUGUUAAUAUUGACAAAGCAGCCUCACCAAGAGAGAGCUAAAAAUGGGACUGAAAUGUAACCUAGACUGAUGUCCUGUUCAUGGGCCAGCUGUAUAGAUGGGAGGGCUACACUGGUGAAUUGGAGACACAUACAGUGUGCUGAGUUCAAACAAAUCAGAUCCAAGCGUUCAAUAACAAAGCCUGUCUGAACAGGAGGGCGUGCAGGAAGCUGAAGGUCACCCACUUUUCCCGAAGAGGAAACUCCUUAUCCUGACUGAAUUUUACCUUAAAUUUAAGAGCAGAUGUCUAUGUAUACUUCAUAAAGAGUUUGUACUCGA